AUGGGUGAGCCGGCAAAGAACUACAAGGUUGCAGACAUCAACCUCGCGGCCUUUGGCCGACGAGAGAUUGAGCUGGCCGAGCAGGAGAUGCCAGGUCUCAUGCAGACCCGCGAGAAGUACGCCCAGGAGCAGCCUCUCGCCGGUGCCCGCAUUGCUGGUUGCUUGCACAUGACCAUCCAGACCGCCGUGCUCAUCGAGACCCUCAAGGCUCUUGGUGCCGAGAUCACAUGGACAUCUUGCAACAUCUUCUCCACCCAGGACCACGCCGCUUCCGCCAUUGCCGCCGGCGGCACCCCCGUGUUUGCAUGGAAGGGCGAGACCGAAGAGGAGUACCAGUGGUGCUUGGAGCAACAACUGAAGGCGUUCCCAUCCGGCAAGCCACUCAACCUGAUCCUCGACGAUGGCGGUGAUCUCACUGCCCUCGUCCACCAAAAGUACCCCGAGAUGCUCGAGGGCUGCUACGGUGUCUCGGAGGAGACCACCACCGGUGUCCACCACCUCUACAAGAUGCUCAAGAACAAGGGCAAGCCAAACGGUCUGUUGGCUCCAUCCAUCAACGUCAACGACUCCGUCACCAAGAGCAAGUUCGACAACUUGUACGGCUGCAAGGAGUCUCUCGUCGACGGCAUCAAGCGUGCCACCGACGUUAUGAUUGCUGGCAAGAUCGCUGUCGUCGCCGGUUUCGGUGAUGUCGGCAAGGGCUGCGCUGAGGCUCUUCGCUCCAUGGGCGCUCGUGUCCUUGUCACCGAGAUUGACCCCAUCAACGCCCUCCAGGCCGCCAUGACUGGCUUCCAGGUUGUCACCAUGGAGGAGGCUGCCCCCACCGCCCAGAUCUUUGUCACCACCACCGGCUGCCGAGACAUCAUUGUCGGCAAGCACUUCGAGGCCAUGCGUGAGGACGCCAUCGUCUGCAACAUCGGUCACUUCGACAUUGAGAUCGAUGUCGCCUGGUUGAAGAAGACCGCCAAGGAGGUCGUCAGCAUCAAGCCACAAGUCGACCGUUUCCUCAUGCCAAGCGGCCGCCACAUCAUCCUCCUUGCUGAGGGUCGUCUGGUCAACCUCGGAUGUGCCACUGGCCACAGCUCCUUCGUCAUGUCCUGCUCGUUCACCAACCAGGUCCUUGCUCAGAUUAUGCUGUACAAGUCGGCCGACAAGGAGUUCGCCAAGAAGUACAUCGAGUUCGGCCGUGCCAUCGAAGAUGACGAGGUCGACCUCCGCCAGAAGAAGAAGGAGAACGAGCCAAAGAGCUCAGUUGAGCGUCUCCCAGUUGGUGUCUACGUUCUGCCAAAGAUCCUCGACGAGCAGGUCGCCAAGCUCCACCUUGAGCACGUCAACGUGAACCUCACCAAGAUGACCGACGUCCAAGCAGACUACAUGGGUCUGCCAGUCGAGGGUCCUUUCAAGAGCGAGAUGUACCGAUACUAG